AUGGACAACCUGCGCGACACCUUCCUGGGCCUGGAGGAUGGCCUGGGCUCCGCCGACAGCCCCGGCCUGCUGGCCGCCUGGGACUGGAAAAGCAGGGCAGGGCCCUUCGAGCUGAGCCAGGCCUCGCCCACUCAGAGCCUCUCCCCGGCCCCCUCGCUGGAGUCUUACACCUCUUCUCCCUGUCCCGCUGCGGCUGGGCUGCCCUGUGGGCACGGGGGUGCCAGCAACGAGAGCAGCGAUGGCUGCCGAGGCCGUGACGCCGGGGGCCUGGUGGAGGUGGACUACAACAUGUUAGCUUUCCAGCCUGCCUACCUGCAGGGCGCCGGGGGCCCCAAGGCCCAUAAGGGCACCAAAGUCAGGAUGUCUGUGCAGCGGAGACGGAAGGCCAGCGAGAGGGAGAAGCUCCGGAUGCGGACCUUGGCCGAUGCCCUGCACACCCUCCGGAACUACCUGCCACCUGUCUACAGCCAGAGGGGCCAGCCGCUCACCAAGAUCCAGACGCUGAAGUACACCAUCAAGUACAUCGGGGAGCUCACGGACCUGCUCAACAGCGGGAGGGAGCCUCGGCCCCAGAGCGCCUGA